AUGGCUCUUCUGCAGCUCCAAAGAGCGUGUGAGCGCUUCCGGUCACACUUGUCGGACGAAGAGACGCGGCGAUUGGAAAACGUCAAGAGUGUCGAAGAUGUUCGCAAGGCUAUCAGUCAGAUGGAGCGCUAUCUCGCCUCGCGUCAAAAGUUACGAAACUUCGAACGGCUCGUACCUUUUCUCGACGCAGCUGAUCGUUUGACGAAGCCCAUCGAUGUCCUCUCUAAUGGCGUUCCGUUCCUGCCUUACAUAUGGGCGCCCCUCAAGCUCAUCCUUCAAAUAUCCCAGGACCACACUCAUGCACUAGAUAAGAUCCUCGCUGCUUAUAGCCGAAUCGGGACCUCGCUUCCGCGUUUCUCUCGAUACGGCAAUGCGUUCCCAGACAGCCACGACUUCCAGCAACUACUGGGACACAUAUACGAGGACAUCAUUGACUUCCACUGCCAUGCAUACCGGCUGGUACAAAAGCCGGGGUGGGCAAUGCUCUUCUCAACCUGUUGGGGUCGAUUUCAGCAUCGGUUUGAUUCAUUAAUUGAGAGCAUCGUCACAACCGGCGAGCUCAUAGACAGGGAGGCAGCUUCCUAUGAGAUAGUACAAGCUAGAGAAUGGCGGCAAAAAGCUCUGGAGAAUGCGCAAGAUCAAGAAAAUAAAGAAGAGAUCUACCAGCGCGAAGCUGUCAACAAGUGGCUUCAAGUGAGCGACAGAAACGAGGAAAAGCUUGAGCGCCUUCACAAACGUUGUCUCGAUGGAACAUCUCAAUGGGUGACUGGAUCACCCCAGGUCCGAUCUUGGCUACAAAAAGGCAGAGGAAAGCCGGUUUUGUGGCUUCAUGGAAAGCCUGGUUCUGGCAAAUCCAUCCUAUGUUCGCAACUCAUCUACUUCCUCAGAUCAAAUCCCACAUGGAAGUGCUUAUUCUUCUUCUGUGAUUAUCAUAGCACAGGCUAUGGGGUAACCGUACAGGUCUUACGGAGCAUAUGUGCCCAGAUUCUGGACAUUAUUCCGGAGACGGCAUCGUUCAUGUACAAAGAGUGUGUCGUUUCUGGGAAAUCACCUUCAACAUCAUUUCUGAAAGAACUUAUUCCAAAACUUUUCAACUUCUUCGACGACUUGCGCCUGAUCAUCGAUGGAAUUGAUGAGAUUGUGUCAUCGGAGCAUGGAGAAUUGAUCAAAACCCUGACAAAGCUGGCAGAGACGCAGGAAAACUUCAGAUUGCUCAUAUCUAGCCAAGAUAUCCCGAGCAUAGCGAGGAACUUGAAGGGCAGGCCAACAUUGAUAGUUGGGAAACAGUCUGCGUCUGUUUGUAAGGAUAUUGGCUUGAUUGUCUCAAACCGCCUGGAGACUAUCCGUGAGGGGCUAGACGGUCACGUUCCACAAUCGGUGUUCACUGAUAUUCGAGAAACAAUCCUCAAAAGAGCAGAAGGCAUGAGAAUUCCCCCUAAGCACGAAAAAAAGAUAGGAAAAAUUGACGGCAGCGCAGGAAUGUUUCUAUGGGUCCACCUAGUAUUACAGGUGUUGGAGACGACGGACAGUAUCCAAGAGCUGAGAUCGAGUGUCGAGGCCUUCCCGAAAGACCUUGAACAAGCAUAUUACAAGACUCUCACCAGCAUCAUAAGCCGCUGUCAGGCAACAGAUGUGUCGAAGUUACGACGAAUAUUUGGCUGGAUGGUGUUUUCGAAGGGCGGCCAGCCUAUGAGGAGAUUUGAAUUACGACUGGGUCGAAUUCUCCAUGCCGAUUCGACCAUAAUCAACGAGAAAACGAAACCGUUUUCGAACGUAUUGGAUCUUUGCAAACCGUUCAUAGAGGAUGGCCCAGGUGCAACCAUGGUGUUCAUCCACGCCACAGUACCCAAUGGACCGUUCAUCAACAAGGUAGAUUCUUGCCGAGAUAUCACAACUGCCUGUAUUGCGCAGUUGACACAGAGCUUGGCUCUGGCCGACGAAACCAUGGAACGCCUGCAGCAUCUUUACUGUGUUGCACAGGGUUUCUACGGACUUCUUCCCUACGCUCAUGAACACUGGAUUGAGCACCUACUGGAGUACCUCGAGCUCAGUCAAGGGUUUUGCACACCCGAUUCUUUGAGAAUACAAGGACAACUCAUGGCGCUUGCUAGAAGUUGGAUCGGCCUGGUGGGAGAAGAGGCCACGCGAAUCUCCAAUGCGGAAAGCCUUGAUCCUCGUUUACAUUGGCUCGAAAGCCUCCCCUCAGCAAGAGCACUAGUCCAGGGCGCCCUUGCACUUCGAAAAGCAACGAAGGAUUCUGUUGGUACGUUUACAAAUAGCUGUCCACUCAUCUGUGACACAACGCAGAUUUGCUGA